AUGGUUGUCGAGCAGAAAGAGCAGGAGCCUAUUGUUAAGAUGCGCGAGCGCAACGUCAAUGCUGCCGCUCACUCAGCUCUCGCUCGUGGAAUUGAGGCCCUUAAUGAAGGAGAAGUCACCGAAGAGACUGAGGAAAUCCGCAAGUUGGACACCCAACUUGAUCAUCUUAAUGACUACAUGUCUAAGAUGGAAGAGCGUCUGAAGGCACACAACGACAGAAUGAUGGAAACAUUGAAGCAACAAAAAGAAGAGCGCGAGAAGAGACGUCGCAGCUUCCACGAGCGCAUGUCUCAAAACCAAUCGGAAGAUGAGGAAUUCAAGAAGAAAAUGAGCAGCAUCCUGGAAAGAGUCCAAUCUGUCAAGCGCACCAAGGAAUAA